AUGCCCCAAAAAACACCACAUCCAGCGACCAAACUCCAGUUCUCUAAAACCAUCGCCCCGCCCUGCGCAGCAUCAGCGCCACCAAACUCACCUUCUACGACUCCCACUACAAAACCACGCGCGCCGUCAACACACCUCGCCACCCCCAAACAACUUCAUCACCCCACUCAAAAAGCAACUGUCUGCGGCCAUCCCCUCCACCCUUCCGCCUCUCCAAAAACCCGCUCCUGCACCCCCUGCGUCAUGUCCACCGUCCUGCGCCUGUACGACCUCGCAAGCGCCCGCUUCGAUGCCCUCGGCGGCCUUCACCUACCACCCUCUCUACGGAACCUGGCGUGGAACCACGCGCGGCUAGGUCUCAUCCAGGCGAUUAAGAGCUCCCUCGCCGCCGAGCACCGCCGGUGUGCGCGGGAAGAGGCCGAGAAGCAGUGGGACAGGGUGCACAAAGCGCCGCUUUGUCCUAAAGAACCGGGAGUUGUGGGUGUGGUAGAGGAGACGCGGUGUCUAGCUUGCGCCACCCUUUCGGGAAAGAAGGUCGAGGUGAUGGAAGAUGUGUCGUGGGUUAUGGGCAUGUUGGAGGCGGCGAGGGGGGAGGGGGUGUGGUGGGAGAAGGCCUCUGCCGCGGACCCGAUUUCCACUUCAAUGUCACACGACAGAAAUAGGGAUGCUCGAAAUCGCCGACUUUCGACCGUGCGUUUUCCGUCCGCUUGCCGGCGUAAGACUGGCCCCAAGGGGUCGGGUGUGAUGCGGGAAAUCAAGAAGCAGGCGGAGUUUGAUCUGGCGCUCAAGCGCGUUAGAGAGAAGAGACAGCUGCGCGACUCGGGCGUGCGGGAGAUUGAGGAGAUGUUAAGGCGGAAGCAUAAUCUGCCGAAGACGAUGAGGUACCAGAAGGGAACGUUCUUACGGCCGUAUGCGGAGCAUAAAGCGCGAGAAUGGUUUGUUUGGAGCUGGGAGGAGAAGAUUAGGGCGAGGGGGUUUGCGAGGGUGCGGGCGUGGGAGAGGAAGCCGAGUCCAUUGUGGUGUGUGAUAAAUGUUGACGACUUAGGGGAGGUAGAAGGCGAUGAGAGUACCCAGGAGGGUGAGAGGGAGGGUGAGAUUGGGGAGGUGGUGGCGGAGAACCCGUGGGAGUUCAUUGAUUUGCUGUAUAUUGUUGGAUAG